AUGUUCCCAUACUUAGCUCAUGGCCAUAUAUCUCCCUUUCUUCAACUUGCCAAAACACUCCCAUCAAGAAACUUCACUAUCUACUUAUGCUCAACCCUCGUCAAUCUCGACGCCAUAAGAGCUAAUUCCGAAACUCCGAGCUCAAUUAAACUAGUCGAGCUCCACGUCCCACCGACUCCCGAGCUACCACCUGAGCUCCACACAACCAAGAAUCUCCCAUCCAAUCUCAUAAGACCACUAUUAAAGGCCUUCCAAGCCUCGAGCCCUAGCUUCAUCGAAAUACUAAACUCAGUAAAACCCGAUCUUCUGAUAUACGAUUUCUUCCAGCCGUGGGCCCCGAAACUCGCCUCUUUGAAUGGAAUACCUAGCGUUUAUUUCUCAACUUCCGGCUCAACAAUAUUCGCGUACACACAUCAUGUGCACACGAUGGGGACGAGCUCCACUUUCCCUUUCAAGACAAUACAUAUACCCGAGUUUGACGGACAUAAGAUAGGGAACGUACUCAAGGCGCUUGUAAAAGAUGCCAGUGACGAUUUUGCGUUCGGUAACUUGGCACGAAGCCAUGACAUUGUUUUGGUAAGGAGUUGUCGGGCGGUGGAACAGAAGUACAUGGACUAUGUUUCCGUAUUGUGCAAGAAACGGAUAGUACCCACAGGCCCACUCAUAAUGGAUGCCAAUGAUGACAACCAUGAAAGCAUUAAGGACCAACAAUAUUCGGAUAUUAUGAAGUGGCUAAGGGACAAAGAGCCGAGCUCGACAGUGUACAUUUCCUUCGGGAGCGAGUAUUUCCUGUCAGAAACGGAGAUAGCCGAAAUAGCAAAAGGGCUACGAAUUUGCGGAGCGAAUUUUUUGUGGGUCAUAAGACACCCACACGGCGAGAAGAACACCGACAUAGAAGAGAAGCUUCCGGAAGGAUUCCUCGAGGCCAUGAAAGGUAGAGGGAUGGUGACCGAGAAGUGGGCCCCACAGACUAAGAUUCUGGCCCACCCGAGUGUAGGAGGUUUCGUGAGUCACUGCGGGUGGAGCUCGAUCACGGAGAGCAUGUACUUUGGCGUCCCGAUUAUAGGCAUGCCGAUGAAGUCCGAGCAGCCAGCGAAUGCCAGGCUGGCGGUGGAUGUCGGGACGGGGAUUGAGGUCCCCAAGGGUAAAGGUGGAAAUUACAAGGGCGAGGACUUGGCGAACGCGAUCGACAGGGUGAUGAAGGAGGACGAGUUUCGGGUUAGAGCUAAAAGGAUGAGUGAGAAGAUUAAAGAAAAUGCCGAGCGCGAGGCCAACGAAACGGCAGAGGAGCUGUUGAAGAUUUGCAUGGAGAAUAAGAAACAAAUGUGA